ACCCGCCACUCCGCUCCGCUUCGACUCCAACCUCCCCCCUCCCACUCCCAGAAGCCCCCGAACCCUACCAAACCCCCACCCUUUGCUUAGAACGCCGCCGUCCGUGCACUGCAACUCCGGCUCCGGCUCCGGAAUCACGGGAAUGGACCAAUGGGGAGCGAAUCGCGAGUGGAAGCAGUUCUACAACCACACUUCAGUCAAGUACAUGCCAACGCCGACCGAUCAGAUGACACGGUUGCUUCCUAGAGAAUCUGCUGGGAUGGCUACUACUUGGGGUGGUACUUGCUGUGUACACGCUUAUGCGGAAGCAAUGACCGCUUGGCUCAGGAGGUGGUAUGAAGCAGUUGCAUACCAGGACCCUGAUUUGACAUACGAAGCAGACUGUUUUGAGGUUGACAUGGCCACCAUGAUUCAUUGUUCUGCUGGCCAUGGGGUGCUCACUGUCAAUGGGUCGUCCUUGAAGCGGGUGGCGGAAUUGGCAUCUGAAGUCGGCGUACCACUCAUAGGUGAAAUCUUACCCUACGGCAAUCCGCCACAAUCUGACCACAGGACCUACUGCACUGGUACAAGUGUGACGAGUCACAAUGCCGUUCCCCUCCCUUUCAGCACUCCUACAGCCAGUGAGUACGAGGCUGCGAUGCGUUACAGAGAACACCUGUGCUCUUGCCUUGAGGUCGGCCCAGUGGUAAUCUUCAUCCGAACCCAACGCCACUAUUGGUUGCCCAGGGAUGUCUACACUCCUUACAGGCAGUUGCCUCCUUCCAGUCCAAAUGAGUUGGCUUCGGUUCAGGAAGAGGACAAGCAAUGGAAUCACUGUGUUGUGGCUUAUGGUUUUGACUGUCCAGGCGGAGACGUAAGGUCGUUGGUGCUAUGUUAUCAGGAGAAUGCAGCCACACCUAUGGAGACAAAGAGGCUCUUCAUCGAACCUGAUGCGAUUUCGUUUUACUAUGUGCCAAAAUUGGGCGAUCUUACCUUCCAUGCUGAGCCCCAGAGAGAGAGCCCAAGGACAAUCUUCACUCAGCUCAAGAAAACCGUGAUCGAUACCAUUCCAAACUUCUUGCCAUAAACAGAUGCCGCUCUUAAUAUUGCCAAAUACGUCAUUUCAUACUUACUUUUGCUAUGUUGGCUACGGAUUGAACAUCGUGGGACGCUACCUAAAACGGUUUUGAAGUCAUUGCAGAUAUUGGCGGAUCUUACCUUCUUACUGAUGUUAUUGCUAUGUUGUGAAAUGCUUGUUCUGAUGUUUUAUUCUGCUAUUACACUGAUAUGGCUAUGUGAUAUGCAGUGUGGUAUGUUGACUUUUUUGGGAUAAUCUUCUUGUCUCAUCUUAAUCAUUGCAUUGGCUAAGGAUUUGAACCAACAUAGACUCGAGUAUGCGUUUUCAACUUACUUUGUGCUGGACACAUAUGCACCUGGAAUCCUAGAUGGUCUAUGCUUAGACAAUUACUGCUGCAAUGAUGUUUUCAGGCCAAAUAUGUCUAUACCGUACUGCCGUAUAAAAACAUUUGGAUUCUCUAAUAUUUUUGUUUUUGUAUAUCUUGCAGAUCAUGGUUAAAUCAUUUGAAGUUUCAGAACUGCCAGUGCGUUCGGCAAAGUUUGUUUCAAGGAAACAUGGGUUGUAGCUGGUGUUGAUGAUAUGUACAAUCGCGUCUACAACUACAAUACUAUGGACAAAGCUACAGAUCGGGAAAGAUUGCCCCUUGCCGUAAAGGAGUUAGGAAGCUGUGAUGUUUACCCACCCAGUGUAAACCGAAGCGACGAUGACAGUGUCCUCAAUGCUAGAGGAGAAAGUGUGGUGUGCUUAGACACCAUUGGACUUGUGGUGAGUUGCCAGCAACAGCUCCAACUCUAUGCUAUCUGGUCUUUACUGCUUUACUACAAGUAGUAGAAUGCUGUUGGGGACCGAGCUUCCGAAUGACGCUUGAAACCUUUUAGUCUGUGUAUACAACGCUAGCGCCCCAUAUCCCGAUCUCAUCAGACCAAGCCUCAGUGGCCGUCUCCUCCGUCCACAGCGCUCCCAACGGCGGCCCGGCGGCGGUCCCAACGCCCCGGCCACAAACCGCAUCCACGGCGCUCGGCAGCAGUUCCAACGCCGGCUACAAACCCCAUCCACGGCGCUGCCGACCUACGAUCCUCACUCGCCAGCUACCCACGGCCACAGGCCCCGUGCUCUCGCAGAGCACGAGUCCGGGAGUCGGAGACAUUCGAGUGCAGGUCGUGGAGCUCGCAGCCACCGGUGUCACGAGGGGAACUUCACUGCCGGGCCGCGGGUUCGGCAGUGGCGCAGGUAGAGAAGAGCAGUGAAAUCAGCGAAGAAUUCAUUAGGCGUGAGUUGAUCUCUUUUUUUUUCCCGAUGUGAAAGCAGAUGUAUUCUUUGUAACAAAUUCAGAGUAUGAAAUGCACAAGUAUUUGGUCAAA